CCUGCACGGCCCGUUCCUUUCUCCUUCCUCGGCGUCUCCAGUUAGCGGCACACCGGCCCGGCACGGCCCGGCCCGGCCCGGCUGCUCCCGAGUUCUGACUCCCGUCAAAAAUGAAGAUCUGGGCGUCAGAGCACAUUUUCAACCACCCGUGGGAGACGGUGACCAAGGCCGCCAUGCAGAAGUACCCCAACCCCAUGAACCCCAGUGUGUUUGGUGUGGAUGUUCUGGACAGAAGUGUGGACACGGAGGGGCGCUUACACAGCAAAAGACUGCUCAGCACAGAGUGGGGUCUUCCCGCCAUCGCCAAAUCUAUCAUUGGAUUAACGAGAACACACACCUAUGUCCGAGAACAUUCAGUAGUGGACCCCGAACACAAGAUCUUUGAGCUGAAAUCUACAAAUAUCUCCUUCACAAACCUGGUGUCUGUGGACGAGAAGCUGACGUAUAAGCCUCAUCCGCGGGAUCCCGACAAGACUGUGCUGACCCAGGAGGCUGUGAUCAGUGUGAAAGGUGUCAGUCUGAGCAGCUACCUCGAGGGCCUGAUGGCCAACACCAUGUCCGUCAACGCCGGCAAGGGCCGCGAAGCGAUGGAGUGGGUCAUCCGGCGGUUAAACACGGAAAUUGAGGAGCUGGCGGCGACGGCUCGCGGCACCGUGCGUGCGCCCAUGGCGGCGGCGGUUGCGGACAUAUAAUAGCGGGCCGCCGCCCGUCAUGAACUGGUGCGACACCUCGUCAGCCAGUACAGCCUAAUUACUACAGCCGCCACGUGUGUGUGUGAUUGGGUCUCUAAUAGAGUGAAGUAUAGUGUGUGUGCAGAGAGAAUGUGAUUGUGUGUGAGAUUUAAACCCUUUAAACAAACAUUUCAUUAAAGCACUGUAAACAGCUAUCUCUAAAGGUCACCUUCCAUCAUUGAAAGAAAAAAAAAUAUAUAUAUAUAUAUAUAUAUAUUUUCUAAUCUUUGUCCUUUUAACUAUUUUAGUUGGUCUUUUCCGCCCGGCAUUCUCAUUGAUUUCUUAUUAAUAUGCGACAUGUACAAAUGGAUUAAGGAUGGAAGGUAUCCUUUAACUAAAUGUCGCCGUGUGGUCGGAGCAGCUGUGUUCCGCAGCCUUUGGACUUGAGUAGUAGUUUUCCGUUAGGGUGGCGAGAUUCCUCGACUGUUUUAUUCCGCGGUGCCGUUCGCCGGAGUGUUCGAGCGAUCUUUCAGCUCGAGCGUGACAGGAUUCAAGGAUGGUCGAGCAGACCUAGUCAGUGAAUUCAUUUUGCGCUCCGGUUCGUAUCUUUAUUAUUUAGGGUCAAUGGUCGGCCACAACGUGAGGCACGUUCUCCGAUGUUUUGGCCACUCGGUGGAAGUAACGUGCUUCAUCCUUCGUUCUCACUUUGGCUUGUCGCAAGUGUUCCCAGAUACGAUCCCCCGUGUUAUUAACUGUCAUGGUGUGGAACAUCUGUUAACAGCAGCCUUUUGCAAAGUUUGAUUUAAAUCUGAAGGCGUGUGUCGUGCUCAGCCAUCGACCUGUGCGGUCGUUCCUUUCACCAACUGCGAUGCUUUUCUUAAUGGGGAACAUUUGAAUAACAGCGGCCGGUAGUGUGUUUAUUUAUAUGAUGGUGGUGUUACAUUCCAAGAAUGCGAACCUGUAACUAAAAAAACACACACUGACUUUUUUUUCAAAAUAAAGUGAUGCCAUUGUUUCACGACGGUGGUAAAAUUGA